UGCGCUCCGGGCCGCGCCGCCACGCUCUCUCGGCCCGCGCGCCCGCCGCGCACCACCCGUCGCCACGCCCGCCGCAGGCUGAGGGCCAGUCACUCGCGGGCCGGCGUCCCGCAGCCGAUUCGCGCCCCGCCCCUGCCCCGCCGCGGGACGAGUAACGGUUACGAAGCACUUUCUCGGCCGCGAUUUCUGCUUAGUCAUUGUCUACCAGGAAACAGCUCCUCAAUUUGGAGUCAGCUCUCCCGCUGCGGCCGCAGUAGCCGGGGCCGUAGCCGCAGCCACCGGUGCCUUCCUCUCCCGCCGCCGCCCAGCCGCCGUCCGGCCUCCCUGGGGCCCGAGCGGAGGCCAGGCUCCAGCCGCGCGGCGCCGGCAGCCUCGCGCUCCCUCUUGGGCCUCUCUCGGGCCUCGGGCACCGCGUCCUGUGGGGCGGCCGCCUGCCUGCCCGCCCGCAGCCCCUUCGCCGCUCGGCCCCUGGGCGGCCGCUGCCAUGGGUACCGACAGCCGCGCGGCCAAGGCGCUCUUGGCGCGGGCCCGCACCCUGCACCUGCAGACGGGGAACCUGCUGAACUGGGGCCGCCUGCGGAAGAAGUGCCCGUCCACGCACAGCGAGGAGCUUCGUGAUUGUAUCCAAAAAACUUUGAAUGAGUGGAGUUCCCAAAUCAACCCAGAUUUGGUGAGGGAAUUUCCAGAUGUCUUGGAAUGCACUGUAUCUCAUGCAGUAGAAAAGAUAAAUCCUGAUGAAAGAGAAGAAAUGAAAGUUUCUGCAAAACUGUUCAUUGUAGGAUCAAACUCUUCAUCAUCAACUAGAAGUGCAGUUGACAUGGCCUGUUCAGUCCUUGGAGUUGCACAGCUGGAUUCUGUGAUCAUUGCUUCGCCUCCUAUUGAAGAUGGAGUUAAUCUUUCCUUGGAGCAUUUACAGCCUUACUGGGAGGAAUUAGAAAACUUAGUUCAGAGCAAAAAGAUUGUUGCCAUAGGUACCUCUGAUCUAGACAAAACACAGUUGGAACAGCUGUAUCAGUGGGCACAGGUAAAACCAAAUAGUAACCAAGUUAAUCUUGCCUCCUGCUGUGUGAUGCCACCAGAUUUGACUGCAUUUGCUAAACAAUUCGACAUACAGCUGUUGACUCACAAUGAUCCAAAAGAACUGCUUUCUGAAGCAAGUUUCCAAGAAGCUCUUCAGGAAAGCAUACCUGACAUUCAAGCGCACGAGUGGGUGCCACUGUGGCUACUGCGAUACUCGGUCAUUGUGAAAAGUAGAGGAAUUAUCAAAUCAAAAGGCUACAUUUUACAAGCUAAAAGAAGGGGUUCUUAACUGACUUAGGAGCAUAACUUACCUGUAAUUUCCUUCAAUAUGAGAGAAAAUGGAGUUGUGUAAAAAUCUAGUUACUGCCUGUAAAUGGUGUCAUUGAGGCAGAUAUUCUUUCGUCAUAUUUGACAGUAUGUUGUCUGUCAAGUUUUAAAUACUUAUCUUGCCUCCAUAUCAAUCCAUUCUUAUGAACCACUUUAUUGCUUUCCUCAAACUAUUGUUUUCUAAUUGAAAUUGUCUAUAAAGAAAAUACUUGCAAUAUAUUUUUCCUUUAUUUUUAUGACUAAUAUAAAUCAAGAAAAUUUGUUGUUAGAUAUAUUUUGGCCUAGGUAUCAGGGUAAUGUAUAUACAUAUUUUUUAUUUCCAAAAAAAAUUCAUUAAUUGCUUCUUAACUCUUAUUAUAACUAACCAAUUUAAUUACAAUUGUUAAAACCGAAAUACUGGAAGAAGAUAUUUUUCCUGUUAUUGAUGAGAUAUAACAGAAUAACUGGAGUAGCUGGGAUUUACUAGUAGUGUAAAUAAAAUUCACUCUUCAAUACAUGAAUGGAAACUUAAAUUUUUUUAUGUGUCCUUGCUUAUAGCUUAGCCGUAAUGAUGUAACCAUGUAUUCUUGUACCGUAUUAUCUCUUUUUAUUACUUAUAAAGACAAACCAAAGUAAAUCUGAAAAGGAGACUAGAAGCUUUGAAAUUAUUGUUUGGGGGGUUUAUAAAAGCAACUACUGUCACCUCCAGAUUCUUUUAAAUUAUUGAUCCAUCCUUAGUAUAUAUUGCUACUCAUUCAAGAAUCCUCAGUAUUGAGUACUUACCAUAUGUUAGGAUACUGUGGGCUCUGGAGAGAGGAGGGGGCAUAGAGCCAGGAAUUAAGGAUCACUUGAGUAAAAUGUGUGAUAUUUAUUCCCCAUUAAUAACUGACUAGGAAGGACUAAAAGCCAGAAAGGGGAUGAAAAAAAAAAUCCUUAAUUCAGGGCCAACGUUAUCUACUUAAACAACUUUGAGAUAUAGUCUUAACUAUUUUAAAGCAGAAUAAUAUAAUUGAAAGUUUAUUGCUAAAAGAGACUAUAUAGGUCAUUUCGUAUAAUUCUUCCUUAGUUUCAGAACCACAAAAUUUUAAAUAAAUAAGCUAUGAAUGUUGAUGUACACUAUAAAUCUCCUUAAUUCUAUAAAUUUGUGUCUGUAACCUGAAUAGUUUGAAAACUUCUUUUAAAAUCUCUUGUAUCUCAGCCGGGCACAGUGGCUCACACCUGCAAUCCCAGCAUUUUGGGAGGCCGAGGCGGGCGGAUCACGAGGUCAGGAGUUUGAGACCAGCCUGACCAACAUGGUGAAACCCUAUCUCUACUAAAAUACAAAAAUUGGUUGGGUGUGAUGGCACUUGCCUGUAGUCCCAGCUACUCGGGAGGCUGAGGCAGGAGAAUCUCUUGAACCCCAGAGGCGGAGGUUACAGUGAGCCGAGAUCGCGCCACUGUGCUCCAGCCUGGGCGACAGAGCAAGACUCCAUCUCAAAAAAAAAAAAAAAAUCUCUUGUAUCUCAAUAUUUUUAAACCAUGGGCCUAAAUAAAACUAAUUUUGCUCAAGUUUUCUCAACCUAGGGAAAAAGAACUAUGGUUCCAUAUUCAAAAUAAAUAUAAUAGACCCUUUUCCUAAGUAAGAUUUUGUGGUUUACUGAUUGGCUAAUUUGAUCAUUAAAAUUAUGUGAAAUCUAUCCGGGCACAGCUCCUGCCUGUAAUCCCAGCACUCUGGGAGGCUGAGGUGGGUGGAUCACCUGAGGUCAGGAGUUCGAGACCAGCCUGGCUAACAUGGUGAAACCCUGUCUCUACUAAAAAUACAAAAAUUAGCCAGGUGUGGUGGCAGGCGCCUGUAAUCCCAGCUACUUUGGAGGCAAGGCACGAAAAUCGCUUGAACCCGGGAGGUAGAGGUUGCGGUGAGCUGAGAUCAUGCCAUUGCACUCCAGCCUAGGCAACAGAGCGAGACUAUGUCUCAAAAAAAAAGAAAAAAUUAUGUGAAAUCAUGUGAUUUGCCUGGUAAAACUUGUUUAGAUAUUGAGCAACUUAAGCCUUCUAGCCUUUAUAUUAAUCGUAAUGUUAUUAAAUAUAUAUAUAGUUCAUCUUUACAUUUGGAAAUGCCCAUUUUUUUCAUAUAAGUCCUGAAACAAGUGUUCAUUUUAUUUUAAAUCUAUACAGUGAACUGGCCAAGAUAUUUUAAGAGGGAACUUUAAUAUCCCAUUUAUUAUUUUUAUAACCCUGGACUUACAAAAAUUGAUUGUUUGAAGGGUUAUUUUGAAAGUGGGGGAAAAAAACUUAGUUGCUAAUGUAUCUAAACUUCAGCUUUUUGGUGAUCUCCUACACGCACCCUUAACUCUUCACAAAGAAGCAAGAUUAUAGAUUCAUUUUCUGAAGGGGAUCGUGUAUGGAAUUUUUUAAUAAGUUUUUAAUUUUACCUCUGUACUCAUGAUUUUCUAUUAUUGAAUAAUCUUUUAAAACACUGAUUUUUAAAGCUUUAUAUAUAAGCUUUCUAAGCUGAUGUUCACAUCUUUUUUCAUGAACUAUCAGAAUAUAGUGAACACUUUUCAAAUGUUUAAGGACUUAAUGUUUAAAAAGCCAUAAAAUAGAGUGGUAAUACUACCAAAUAAUUACUUAAAACUGAAAGCUAAGUUAUCAAUAGUUUAUAUAACAGAUGUUUUCUGAGGAGAUGUGAAUCCAGUGUGACCAAGGUAAAAAAAGUUUAUAUAAGUGUUUUUUUUCCAGUAAAUAUGAAAAAAAAAAAAGCUGUAGCUUGUUUAUUACAUUUCCAGAAUACACUGGAGUCUUACUGUAACACAAUGUACUGUAAUUUGGAAUUUGUUCUGUUAUGAGUCUAUCUUGAAUUCCCAUCCAUGAAACUGUAGUCACCAAAAGCAGCAAGUAUUUUCACAUGAUAUAAAAGACCAUAUUGUGCUAGUAUGUUAAUAGAAUAUCCAUUUAGGGAUGGCCAUUGCUAGAACUUGAAUCACAAAUAAUAGCUAAUAAUUAUUCAUUUUUCAAAAAAGAUCAUUUGGAUAGCAGCUAUGUAUAAAAUGGAAAAUAAAAAAUUAUUCUGUUUUGCAUGAAUAGUUCAGACUUUCCCAUACCAGAGCCAAGUAGUAACUAAAAUUAGGAUCUUAAUUUUCAAUGAUAAAAGGUCUAAGGCUUAUUUAAUUAUGCUCCUUUAACAUUGUCUUUCUAGAUUUUUCAGCCAGUAUUUUCAAUAUUUGGGAAUGUAAACAAUUGAUAUAUUUAUUGUAUGUUGGCUAGAAGUUCAUCCUUCUGCAAAAUAUGCAUUCGGAGAAAUGUGAAGCUUGUUUUAAUGAGGAUUUAAACCAUUUGUGUCAUUUAUGUUUUCAUAUUCAAAUACACCAACUUAAAAUUCUGAACCUAUUUUUUUCAUCAUUAACUUCCUAUGUUACCAGAACGUAUGCCUUUUUCCUGUAAAGUUGGCAAUGGGAUAUGGCAGUUUUAUUUUUGAAAAAUAUGUAACAUGACUUUAAUAUUUUUAUAGUUUUCAGAAUUAGAAACAUAGGAAGGGAAAAUGUUUUAAUUAGAUAAGUCAACUUUUUAUGUGUCAGUAGUGGUGUACUAUAAUAGCAAAUUAUAAAGCAUUAUUACAUAUUUAUAAUAAUUUUUAAUAUUACCUACAUUAUGAAUUUAACCAAAAUAAAGUGUGAGUUGUAUAUUUUUAAUUGGGUUUUUUCAAUAACUGGAAGCAUCCCGAAGCAUUAUAUUGAUUUUUGAACUAUCUGAACUCAAACUAAGUACGAUUUGAAAAUAAAUUAAUAAUUUAAAAACA